AUGGUUGGAAAAGAAGCUGGCCAAGAAAGAUGCGUUGUUCGAAGAAAAGCGGUAGGCAACCGUCAGCGAUGAAACCGGCUUGCGGACACCGCAUUUUUUAAUUACCCGCCCCUUUUCGGCCGCCUAGUGGCUAACAGGUUUUCUGUGAUCAGCCGAGAAGAAGAAGAUUUCGAAAAAAUCUUUGGAUGGCAUCGACUUUUGGCAAAUGGAUUUUCUUGUUUUCGUUUUCGCUUGAACGAAGGUGGAAUAAAUUAUGAGUAUGGUAAUUCAAUAAGGAAAUGGGUGGCUGUAAUAAAAAUGAUUGGAAUUUACAAAUUCAGAAUUCAUUGAGGAUUAGAAAUGAAUGCGUGGGAAGGAAGGAUGUCUAAAAUUCUUUCCAGAAAUGUAUUUUCCGUACUUCUUUGUUCUCCCUAAAGUGUUGUCUUGUCAGUUCUCAAAUAAUAUUCCAUCUUCAAUUAUUUUGCGAUGUCGCAAUCCUGCCUAUUAUCCAUUCUUUUUCAUCCUACAUAAUGAAAACGGGAUUUGAUAACCGCAAAAACUUGUCUAUUCAAUAUUAUUAUUUUUAUCAAUGAGAUAAGGAGAGGUUUUUUCCUAACCAUGUUUGUUUGUUUGGUGAAUCCUUGUACUUUUUGCUUUUCUGAUGGAUUAUGUGUGUAAUCGGAAGAGAAAGUUGGCAUAAGCUGGGUUUUGUACAAUAUGUAUUCUGAAUUGAAAUUGAAAUUGUUACGGAACGCAAUGGAGAACGCUUAGUGACAGUGGUAACUGUUAACAAUCUCAUUGCGCUCUUUCGGACCACUCUGUAUUUCAGCCUAUAGAAAUAAGCUUUAGUUCAUCAUCCAUCAUUAUUACAUAACUAAAUAACUACUUAUAAUAACUAUGAAUCUAUUAUCCAACUUUUUAUUAGUGGGUAUUAACUCAUCCAUACAAUAACAACAACAACAGCAAAAACGAAGAAAAAAACCAGAAGAAAUCGCCACGGCGAAAAUAAAGAGGUCAUUACACCCAAUUGCACUGCGCCUCAAACGGAUAUUAUAUUUGCAUACAAACUGGAUUAAAAAUCUCUUUUUUCGAAUUUCACGCUGUGAGAUGUUUUUCGGGUCAAGAUGAAACAUUUUUGUGUACUUUUCUGGAAUGGAAAUUUGGUAUUUGAAAAAUAUUUUUGAAAAAAAAAUGAAGAUCAAAAUUGUCAAAUAAAAAUCAGCAUUGAAGUUAUUUCAAUAUUUUUUUCCAGAUAUGUGAAUAUGAUAAAUGGUUCAACUGCACCUGAACAUAUCAAAGUUAUAAUAUCUUCUCUGGAUUAUUCAACUGAAGGAAUCACAAGAACAAUCCUCAGAAAAGCUCUGACUUCGAGUGAUGAAAUUUCUAGAAAAUGGGUUACCAGAUAUCUGUCAGUUUUGGCUUCUGUUGAAUUGCCUGGUUUUGAUGAUUGGGGAGUACAAUUAAUGUUGAGACAAUUAACCGAUGAAUCACCCAAAGUUGUUAGAAACGCGCUGAGGUUGUUGAAUCGAUGGUUGCCGGAAUAUCCAUCACGGAAGAUUAGAAAAAUUGAAUGGAGUUUGUAUGGAGAAGCUGGGGAAAUGUUGAAACCACAUUUAUAUUCUAUUGAAGAAGAAGUUAUUUUGGAAAUUGAGGAGGUUCGGGAUUUGGUGAAAUAUUGGUUGAAUACUUGGAACACGAAAUUUGUUGAUGCGAUUGAUGAAGAUCUUCGAACGAUAAUGUUUUCGAAUAAAAGAAGUUUGGAUGGAUCGUUUUCUCGAAGUAGCACUGAAAAGAAUACCAAUGGAGUGCCUGCGCCGAUUCAUUUAUUUGGUGCGCUAGGAAAACAUGAAACUGGUAGAGAAUUAUUGAUUGAGGAACAUGUUUGUGAAGAAAUGUUGGGGAUUUUGCACAAUUCGAAUUCGAAAAAUCGGGAUAUUAAAGGAGCGUUGUGGGGAUUAUCAAGUAUUGCAUCAACUGAUGAAGGAUUCUCAAUUCUUCCAAUCGAAACAAUUCCAAGAAUUAUAAAAAUUGCUGAAGAACAUGGAGUUUUGAGUAUUCGAGGAACUGCAUUUUUAGCAUGUGUUUGUAUUUCACAAUCUGUUGAAGGAGCUAAACGAUUGGCACAAUUUGGAUGGGAAUCCAAUAAAUAUCGAUAUACAAUUGAUAUUGCGAAAAAGAUGGCACAAGAAGAAAUACCAUUGAAAAGAAGGAACACUCAUAAUCGACAUUAUUCGGUUGUCGAAAAAAGUGUUCAAGAAAAACCGAGAGCGAAAAGUCGAACAAGAUCGCAAUCGGAAAGUCGAAUCGAUAGAGCUGAAACAAAUUGGAGCGAAAAGGGAAAUGGAGGAGUGGGAAAAAUUGAGCAGACAAAAUUGAGACAUUGGAGUAGUGAUUUGGGAUUGAGAGACGAACUCGCGAUUUUCGAGGAUAAUCAAAAUGGAAUGAUUUUAUCACCGAUUAGUAUUGAAGUUGUUGAUGAAUAUAGGAUGCAUUCUUCAAGUGGAGCGAAUUCAAGAUUAUCUAGUAGGUUUUUCAUUUUUGUUUCCUCAAAGAAAAUAAAAAUUCGCUUUUUUUCCAGAUGAACGACGUCGUGCAAAUACAACAAACUCAAAUAUCGAAGAAGAUUCAUCACUUGGAACUCGUUCAUCUACAGUAGCUCGAUGUAUUCGAGAAGGUCUUCAAAUCCCACGUGAACAAUUAGAAGCUGAAGGAACACUUGCUGAUACUAUCAAAGAGUUUCAUUUCUCAUGCCGAAUGCGCGAAAAAUUCCACCUCGCACCAUUUCGAAUUCGCGCAUCGAUGCAGAUAAAUCGAAAUAUUGGAGAUCCGAUCAGAUAUAUAUUUAUGAGUAAAGAUGAAGAGCGAUAUUUUGCGAAUUUCCGCAGAGAAACUGUUGGUGACAGUUGGCUUUUUGAUGAAUUAUGUAAAGAAGACAAUUCGAUAAAGAAAACUGUUAGUGUUGUACCAUUACAAACUGUUGCAUUGCCAGCUGAAGUUGAAGUGAUUUGCGCGAAUAUAUUUCCAUCGAAAUCGAGAUCGGAUACAAUAUUCACGAAUAAUAACAAUGAUGAUAUUGAAGAUCGGGGAGCACGUGGAGGUUAUGCGAAAAAUGAUAAUCUUUCACAUAUUCAACGACACUCCAAAUAUCGAUGUUUUCAUUGUACCGAAGAUGUUCAAAGUAAUGAUUUUAUUUUUUUGAAAAAUAAUUAUUUGGUUUUUUUUCAGCCGAAUAUCCACAUCCGGAUGCUGUUCAACUUCGACGCGAAGUUUUGAAUCAAGUUGAUAUGUUGGAAAUCAAAGAAUAUCCGACAAAACGAUUAAUUGGGUAAGAUUUUUUCUGGACCCGGUACCAUUCGAAAUUGACCAUUCUCACGUUCUCGCGAAUCAGACUAGGUACAUUUUAACCUGGAUUACUUUUUUUCUUGUAAAUGAUAAGCAAACUAGUUUGUGACGCACUAUUUUUUCUCGCUAUGAAAGUUAUUUAUUAUCCACACCUUACAGUAGAUAUACAAUUUCAGCCUUCGCCAACACAACGAAUGGCUUUUCAAAUGGCCGUGUCUUUAUGCAGAUGUUCUAGAACUUUUGGAUGAAUAUCGAUUCAAACCUCAUUCUAGAGCAUUUUUACAACAAAUUUUCUAUGAUGCACUUCAGUUUUAA